AAACAUGAUUCAGUCAAAGUAAAUGGAGAUCUAGCCGACACUUACGUUGGGGGGAAUCCGCCAGACUUGAAUAUACCAAAUGGAUCAAACAAGUUAGGUAAAAUCAGUGGAACAGUUGAAAGAGAAGAAGAAGAAGAAGAAGCUUAUCAUUCUCUUCGAGAAAAUGAAUGGAAAAUGAGGGUCGAGAUGCUUGAGGAAGAAUUGAGGGAGGCAGCAGCAACUGAGGUGAGUUUAUUUUCCAUAGUUGCUGAGCAUUCCAGUUCUGUAAAUAAGGUCCAUGCUCCUGCUCGGCGACUAUCCAGAUUUUAUAAGACUGCUUGUAGAACAAGAUCACAAGCUAAACGAGCUAGUGCAGCAAAAACUGCCGUAUCUGGGCUAGUUCUGGUUUCUAAAGCAUGUGGAAACGAUGUACCAAGGCUAACCUUCUGGUUAUCCAAUUCAAUAAUGUUGAGGUCCAUUGUCAGCCAGAUUGCUGCAGAACUGCCAAAUGAACCAAGUAUAAAUAGUAAUGAUGGAAGGCUUUCAGACACAGCCCGUCUUAAGGGUAAGGGGCAUCGGUCUCAGUUAAUUGAUGAAUCCGAUGACUUGGAUGACGUCUUGACAUUCCUUAUUGCGCUCGAAAAAGUUGAAUCGUGGCUGUUUUCUCGAAUUGUUGAGUCCAUAUGGUGGCAGACUUUUAUACCUCAUAUGCAGCCCACUGUUUCCAAAGACAGUAACAGAGAAAGAAGCUCAAGUAAAAAGAAAACUAGCUCAAGAAAUUAUUUGGGUGGUAAUGAGCAGGCAAGUUUUUCAAUAGAGUUGUGGAGGAAAGCAUUCAAAGAUGCCCGUGAAAGACUUUGUCCGAUUCAGGCACGAGGGCAGACAUGUGGCUGCUUGUCUGCACAGGUUAUACUGGUGAUGCAGCAGUUAGUUAAUAGGCUCGAUGUGGCAAUGUUCAAUGCUAUUCUGCGUGAAUCUGCCAAAGUUAUGCCGACUGAUCCUGUUUCUGAUCCCAUUAGUGAAACUAAAGUCCUCCCAGUGAAGCCUGGCAAAGCAAGCUUUGGCACUGGAGCACAAUUGAAAAAUAUUAUUGGAAACUGGUCAAGAUGGCUCACAGAUCUCUUUGGAUUAGAAGAUGACGAAGGUGUUACUCUUGGGGACAUCAGCAAACCAAAACCUUACAAGGCAUUUUGUCUCCUCCGUGCUCUCAGCGAUCUCAUGAUGCUUCCCUAUGAAAUGCUUGCUGAUGUUUCCACAAGAAAACAGGUCUGCCCAAUGUUCGGCCCAGCAAUAAUCAAAAGGGUUCUAAAAAACUUUGUCCCUGACGAAUUCAGCCCCGAUCCCAUCCCGCCAUACGUAAUUCACAUCCUCAGUGCAGAGGAGAGGCCAGAUUCUCCAGAGGAGAUGAUCACAAGCUUUCCCUACGUCUCAACUGGUACAAAGUAUUCACCGCCGCCAGCAGCUCUGCUGUCCUGUGUGGGAGAGGUAGGUAAGCAAGUGCUCAAGAGUAGCAGGCUUUCGACACUCAAGAAAUCCUACAGCAGUGACGAUGAGAUGGAUGAGCUGGACUCACCCUUGACCACAAUCAUCCCCGAUAGCUACCAGAGCUCUGCUGCAUUAGCAAAGCUUAGCUUCAUGCCUAAGGAAAAGGGAGGUACCAAUGCUAUCCGGUAUCAGCUGCUCCGUGAGAUAUGGAGAGAUGAUGAUUAGUUAUGUGUUUAUACAUAUGCACACUUACUGGAAGAUUUUUGUAGACUCGUUAUUAUUUAUGUCAACCUUCUUCAACAACAUAUACUAUCAUGGUUUAGAGUUGCAAUUUCUAUUUGCAUGUUGC